AUGAUGAACUCCAAACGCCAGGCCCUGCUACACCUUACGAGCUCCAAGCAUCAGACAGCCGUGCUCGAUGCAUGCUCCGACUUUUACAAGGGCAAGACUUUGGAUCUGCAGGAAGUGCAGGGCUUGUUGAAGGUACAAGUGUAUAGGGAUCUUCAUUCAGCGCACGGAUUCAAGACUGAAGAUCUUCUCGCUGAGGCAGCUGUGGAGCUUCAGAAACUGUCAAAGGUGCGGGAGAUACAUGAACACUCGCUGCGCCUGAACGCAGAUCCGGCAUGGCUGAAGGUCGAGGGCCGUAGAAAAUACGUGGAGUGGAAUGACACACUGGCCUUGCCUCCGGGAUUGGUGGAGCCUGACAUGGCGCGACGCACGCCAGCUCCAGAGUGCGCCCCAGACUUGGUGGACAUGAUGGCGCGUUGCCGCCUGCAGGCGCCUCCAGUCGCAAGGGUCCCAGCAGUGCUCCUGGCUGAUCUUCCGCGGAGAAACCCCAAGCAAAAGGGCAAGGACAUGCUGAUAGGUGCUCACAGGUAUCCUGGCGAACCUGCAAGUGGCCGUCUGGGCAUUGCCAUCAUGCGGAAGUUUGGUGUGCCGGAGUGCGACAUUGUGUGUGGCACGUCAUUUAUUCAAGCCUUUGCUGGUGAUUCACGCAGAGUCAAAGAUUCGUUCUACUUGCAGAAAUUUAAGAACACAGUUUGCGUGUUGCACGUUCCCAAGCAUUUCCACGAUCAAGACGAUGCAGGGAAUGCAGUAGAGCGCUUACUUUGUGGCGAAGCGGCAGUCUGCCAGUUUGCUGCUACGACGCUGCGGAUAGACGGCGCGAGCUUCUUCGUUACUUCAGAGGUGGACGCAGUGGACGAAUCUGGGGAGUUGCUGGAGAUCACGGGAAGGCCGUUUCCAAAGAGGGAGUCUUAG